GCUGUCGCUCUGUGACGUCAGCAGUGUGCGCGGUGCCGGGCGCUGUGUGUGUGCAAGAGAGCUGCAGCCAUGUCCUACUGCAGGCAGGAGGGAAAGGACAAAAUUAUCUUUGUAACCAAAGAAGAUCACGAAACACCAAGCAGUGCGGAGCUCAUCCCUGAUGACCCCAAUGACCCUUAUGAAGACCAAGGGUUGAUUCUCCCUAAUGGAGACAUUAACUGGAAUUGUCCAUGUCUGGGGGGAAUGGCUAGCGGACCAUGUGGAGAGCAAUUCAAAGCGGCUUUCUCCUGCUUCCACUAUAGCCAGGAGGAGGUGAAGGGUUCAGACUGCCUAGACCAGUUCCGAGGGAUGCAAGAGUGUAUGCAGAAGUAUCCUGACCUUUACCCCCAGGAAGACGACGAAGAUGACAACAAAGACAAGACGAGUUCAGACCCGACAUCUAUAGAGGCUUCUCCUGUGGUGACAGAGGAGUCAUCCAGCUAAUAUAAGGGAGGGGGGCUCAGCCUCCAAGAAGAUUUUACCACUGUUCUAUGGACCAUGUCAUCCAGAGCUGUCCCUCUGCCAUGUAUCUUAUGUAGAGCCCUACUGGAGCAUCGUAUGGAUUGUCACCUGAUAUCUGGAGAAUGCUGCUUAUCUUUAAAAAGCAUUUCCCCUUUAAGAAAACUAAAUUAUUAGCAUUACUAUAAGAGUUAAACAUUUCCGCCAAUAUAUUUCUUUGCUGUAUUUGCUUAUGGGGAAGCUGGGGGACUACCCAUUUGGUCAGUUUCUCCUAGGUUAUUGCUUCGCUUUUCUAGGGCCCUGCAUGACAAAUAGAGAUGACCGAACUUACAGUAAAUUUGAUUCGUCACGAACUUCUCGGCUCGACAGUUGAUGUCUUAUCUUGCAUAAAU